GGUACGGCAUUGGUAUCAGGAGCCAAAAAAUUGUAUUUGUACAACACUACAUUCCUGUAUUUUUAUAGAUAAACUGAGGAAAGAUCAGAGAAAAUUGCCAUUCAUUUGAUGCAAUUUGAACAAACAAUAACAUUCAUGCUUCAUUACAUUAUUACAUUUUAAAUGAAUCGUUGUUGGACACAUACGUAUGAGAACAACUACUGUACAUUACCUUAAAGAGCCCCCAAAUUCAACUUGUUUUUCAUUAUAUAUAACAUAAAUGGACAAAAAUGGCUAACAUUGCAUAUUUGACAUGUAAACACAAGCAGCUUGACACUUGACAAGCUAUCGUCAUCAUGGUCCUAGCACCGUCCCACAUCUUUACAGCCAACCAGUGAAAACAGCGUUCAACAGGAAACCCCGUCGUGGGGGGAUAUUUUUUACUCUUUCACGCAAUUAUACAUGAAUUGGUUCAGGUAAGGACUCUGGUUUGUUUAGUAAAAUUGUCUAUAUCCAGCAAGAAGCUAAUGUUCGCCUCUUCGCGGUUGACGACGCCUCCGCCGUCGAGCAAAAAGGGUGCAGGCGGUCCUAAAGCCAGCCAUUUUGAGUGGAAUUUAAAUUAGCAAGUUGGGAAACACUGGUACAAUUCACCUUCAGACAGAAAGAUGGCUUCCCCGCAGGCUGGUAGCCCACCUCCCACGGAGCAAUAUACCCCUCCGGCACAAGACGAUGAGUCCCACCGUGAGGAAGAGGCACCUGUAAAAAAACGGGGCCGAGGCCGUCCCCCGAAAGCCAAACUGACGUUCAAGUGCUCAUCCUGCGCCGAAUCCUUCAGGAGCUUAUCAGCGCUACGCGGGCACAAGCUUUCCGCGCACGCUAAGGAGCGUCCUCAGCAGCAACACGCGUGCCCUCUGUGCCAAAAGACAUUCUCCAGCAAGGCUCAGCUCUCCAAACACGAGAGCACGCACUCGGCCCGACGGCCUUUUCAGUGCCCGGACUGUCACAAGGCAUACAAGACACCCACUGAGCUGCGCAACCACAGCCGCUCGCACACGGGCGAGAAACCGUUUGUCUGCGGCGAAUGCGGCAAGGCCUUCAUGCAGGCCAUCUGCCUGAGGAUCCACACCACACAGCACAACGGUGAGCGUCCCUACUCCUGCCGGCAGUGUUCCAAAAGCUACCCCACGUUGUCCAAACUCAAGGUCCACAUGCGCUCUCACACCGGAGAGAAGCCUUACUUUUGCAGCGAGUGCGGCAAGAGUUUCGCCGACCCCUCCGUGUUCCGCAAACACAGACGCAACCACCAGGGCCACCGGCCGUAUGCCUGCAAUGAGUGCGGCAAAACCUACACGGAGCUGAAGGACCUGAAGAACCACGAGCGCUCCCAUACCGGAGAGAAGCCGUUCCUGUGCUCCGACUGCGGUAAAGCCUUCUCACGCUCUUCUUCGUUGGUGUGCCACCAACGCAUCCACUCGCAGAAGAAGCCCUAUCAGUGCGAGCAGUGCGGUAAAGGCUUCACGCAGCUGUCCUCGUACCAGUCCCACCUCCGAACGCAUUCCGGGGAGAAGCCCUUUCUUUGCCCGCAGUGCGGAAAGAUGUUCUCCGACCCGUCUAGUUUCCGGCGUCACCAGCGAGCCCACCUGGGUUUCAAGCCCUACCCGUGCGACAAAUGCUCCAAAAGAUUCCGACAGCCGGCCGAUCUGGCCGUGCACGAACGGGUCCACUCCGGGGAGCGACCUUACAAAUGCCAGAGCUGCGACAAGGCCUUCGUGGCGUCCUGGGAUCUGCGGCGCCAUUUGCUAGUCCACACGGGCUUGCGGCCCUUUUCGUGCACAGAGUGCGACAAGUCCUUCGCAGAGCGCUCCAGCCUCAACAAGCACCGCAGGGUGCACUCGGGGGAGCGUCCUUUCAAAUGCGGCGAGUGCUCCAAGUCCUUCGUGGUGUCCUCUAGCCUCCGCAAGCAUGAGAGGACUCAUUCGGCCGAGCAGGCGCAGCGACAGAGGCAAACCGAAGAGACGGAAACUGCAAGUUUUGCUAGCCACCCUGCGACUCUCCCGCAGUUCUCCUGCACUCACUGUGACACCACCUUCGACACCUGGGAGGAGGUUCAGGCACAUGAGCGGCUGCACGUCACCGAAAAGACACCGAGCUCGCACGUGUGCGCCACUUGCCGGGCAGAGUUUGCCGAGCCGGCCGAGCUGCAGGAACAUGAGAAGCAACAUCCCAAGCCGAGGCCUCACGUGUGCGCCAGCUGCGGCAAAGGCUUCCUUAACCGGGCAGGCCUGCGCAAGCACCAGAAGAUCCACUCCAGCAGUAAACCUCACACCUGCUCCCAAUGCGGAAAAGCCUUCCUGUUCCCCGCCUACCUCCGCAAGCACUUACGGACACACGCGGCUGCCUCGUAUUCUGACCUGAACAUCGUCCACACCGAACCACUGCCUUCGCCUACGCCACCCCCCAGCGACCCGCCUAACGACCCGCCCCCGGACACCACGGAGCCCAGCGGAAUCUCUUUGAGCGUUCCCGUCACUGUUUCUGCCGCUGCUUUUCACACUCUACCAGAAUACUUGAUCAAGGAGGAAGAACUUUAAACAUGUUUAAGUAGCCUCAAAGGGACAGACAACCCAUUUAUCACGUGCAUUCCAGUCGUCAUAGAAGCAGACAUUUUUUCAAUGCUAGUACGUAUUUAGCCAAUCAAAUGCAAGUGUGCCAGAUUGCGCGUCCUUCCUUGUAACAUCAUGAUUCAAAUCUAAGUAUUAGUUAGUAUUACUCAUUAUAUAUUGUUUUUUAAUUCAAUAUGGUAUUGGUUAAAUACAAGGUGGGGCAGAGCAACUUGCUUAUUUAAAUUUGGCGCCCUGAAGAGAUGAUUGCUCUCAGGACGAUAGGGAUGGACUUAUUUGAGAGGGUGGGGCUUAAAGUUUGGUUUUCAACAUGCGUUAUUUAUUUUGUGUUUUUUUUUUCAGCAACCCCAGUGAGCAUCAUGAAGCAGACGAAUUUGGAACACCCUUUCGCUGUUGAGGCAUUUUUUUCAAGCAUUCGCUCAGUCACCAAUCACCUAACAGUUACACAUAGUUCGUGUAGAGGCUGUUGUUGAAGUUCUCUGGGGUUUUCAGGACUCCAAUAGCGCAUGUUUUGCUUUUUUCUAGAUUCCGAAAAAUGGAAGUGAGCCUCAUCACCGAAGAAAAUAAGUGUGUCGUCAAGCAAGCCGAGAAGCGGCAUGCAUUUUCACGAGCAAUAAAAUCGUGUGGAUUAAGUUCCUGCACCAUAGCUAAUUUGUAGGGAUGAAAUUUCAAUUGUUCAUUGAGGAUUCAUCUCACAGAACGAGCAGACAACCCAAGACCAGAUGCUUGUUUGCAGGCAGACCGUCUGGGAGAUCGCAAAACAAAUUAUCUCACCGUGUCAAUGUUUUGGGGUGACCUUGUUGUCCGUGGGAGGCCAGGUUUCUUUUUCUUUACAUCACCAGUUUCCCUGAAGUUGUUUACCCAUGAAACAAUCGACUGCCGACCAGGAACACGACCACAGGGGGCAUAUAUUGAAAUGUCUAUGGAAUGCACGUUGUGUCGCGGCGAUUGAGCGACCGCUUGAAAAAAAUGCCUCAAAAGUGAAAGCGCGUUCCAACUUCGUCCACUCCAUGAUGCUCACUGGGGUUCCCGAAAAAUAAACACAAAAUAAAUAACGCACGUUUAGAACCAAACUUUAAGGCCCGCCCUCUCAAAUAAGUCUAUCCCUACCAUCCUCAGAGCAACCAUCGCUUCAGGGCGCCAAAUUCAAAGAAGCAAGUUGCUCUGCCCCACCCUGUAUUUUUAAAAUGAUAAAUAAAUGUUAAAAAAAGACUAAAGAUUAAAAUGAAUGAAAAUCAGAAAUACAUACACACUGGUUACGGCCCCAAGUAACUCUAAAGUUCAUUUUUUUCCCCAUAGUAUUAAACUCAUAGCAAGCCAUUAAAGGCAAUAGACGUCCAAUUCAUUUUUACUGGGAGGAUCAUUCGCCCCCUCUUAGUCAAAAUGGCAGCCAAUGAGUUAAAUGAGGGCUGUCAGGGUUUAAAAAAAAAAAAAAAAAUUUAAUCAUAUUUCGUGCACGAAAGGGUUAAGUACUCGAAGCAAUUUUCUUUCACAUGAAAGUCAGAACUACCAGGCGUUGUCUGUCCCUUUUCUAACGAAUAGCAAAAAUUCCCCCCAAAAUUUGCAAAUUUCCUGAAAAGUUUUGCGGAAAUUUCCAUGGAAAUUUAUCAUUUCUCUUGUACAGUCUGAACUUUAGUAUUAUAUUUUAUUUUGUACGCUUGAAAAAUAUUUACUUUAAAUUUUGUAUGAUUUUUUUUUUUUUUUUUGCGUACUAUAAACGAGAAAUUAGGGGGAAUUUUAAAUGGUGGAUUCUGGAAAUAUCCCAAAAUGUAACUUUUAAUCACUGUAAAAUUCCAUUAAAAAAUCAGAUGGGCAACAAGAAUUUUCCAUUGUAGCUUAACUGAAAAAUAUUUGCAUUAUUUUGUUAUUGUGACCCUUUUACUGUGUUUUGCUAUUGUUCAUCAUGUAACGACAAUGCAACCAGCAUUAAGUAUCAUUCCAAGAAGGAAUAAAAAUCUGAUUUCCCAUUAUCUAGUGGUGAUGUUAUCAUUUGAGUG